UAUACACAUACAAAUACAUGAAACAGUGCGAAGCAGGAAUUGCGUGUCAAAUUUAGUUUUGACGUUUGUUGACAUUUUUGUUAUGGUCAAACUUAUAAUAAUGACAAGAUAAUUAUGAACGAUGCUUCAAUUUUGGAAGAAAUCCGAUCAUAAACAAAAACGAAAACAAAGUUUAACAAAGGGAUCGCCAAAAAAUGGUCAGCUACCUACACGGCGAAAUGCAAAAUUAGGCGAUGACAUUGUUGAAAUUGAUGAACAGAAUGGGCCUUAUAAACCCAGAUCCCGUCUCUCUAAGACUCUUCGUGAAGUGCUUAUUGACAAAGAUGCACUUGGCUACUUUAUUCAGUUUAUGGAUUCCAAGUCAGUAGUAGCAUUAAUCAAAUUUUGGUUGGAUGUGGAAAGUUUUCGAUCCGCAGCCACCUGUACUGAUGAGAAUGAUGGAAUGCUUUUAUCACCUGAAGAUCGUUCCAUAAUGAGCAGUAUAUCAGCAGAUUUAAAUUCACCUAUAGACCACUUCGAUGAUGUUUUUGAUUCCAUAUCAAUAAAAGCUGUAGAAAACAAUUGUAGUAAACCCUUAGAUUAUAAAAGUGAGCAGUGCUUCUUAAAGAAUGGUAACAGAAAACGCAGGACAUUAUCUUGCCAAUCUGAUAUUUCAAAGGUUGAGGAUGAUAAUAUUUCAGCUAGCACGGAUUGUGAUUCUUUGUACCUUACAGGAGAAUCAGAAAAUGAUAAUAAGUCUACUUAUAAAACCAUAGAAUCUGAAAAUGAGUUUACAUCCUCAAAUAAAAUAUUGGGUUCAGUACAUUCUUUGCAAACGGAUGUGUUUCAAACUGGUCGUGGUGCUCAUAAGGAGUGCGCUAAUGGAUUUGAUUGCAUGAAAUUGGAAAUCAAGCGCACAUAUUCCGUACCUCAGGAUUUUGAAGACAAUCAGCUGACACGUACAAUAUCUAUGAAUAGUCUUAAGAAACGAAAAGAUUUCUAUUCUAGCAUUCAUCAAGAUGCUAUGAGAAUAUCAAAAAAGUAUAUUUGUGAAAAUGCUCCUUAUCAUAUAAAGUUACCAGAUACUAUUCGUAGUGAAGUAUUAAAUAAAAUACAAAGUAAUACUAUUGAACCAGAGAUGUUCACACCUGCACAAGAACUUGUAUUUAUGCAAAUAGAAAAUAAUUAUUUUACACACUUUUUGAGAAGUGAUUUUAACACAAAACAUCAAAUAGAUGUACUGACAUCAGGUAAUGUGAUUCUAGAAGAUAUAUUAUUCAAUGAAACAGCUUUGUUUCAUUUUAUGGAAUAUUUAGAACAAGAAUCUCCAGUGAAUCGUGAUUUUAUAGAAUUUUGGUUAUCGGCAGUUAAUUUUAGGCAAACUGCUCAUUAUGAUAAUGAACAAAUGCAAAGUGAUGCCAUGACAUUGUAUGAUAAAUAUUUCUCUUUGCAAGCUCUAAACCCUUUAAAUUUGGGAGAUAAAGUUCGAUUUCAUGUUGAACAAAAUAUCUGUCGAGAAGAAGGACCUGCAAUUACAUGCUUUGAUUUACCUUUAAAAAUUGUACAGAAUUACUUAGAAAAAAAUUACUUAAAACCAUUUCUAAUGUCGCAAUUGUUUUUCAAAUAUCUAAAUGAACUAAUAAAUUCUAUAAAUACAAAUCCAUGGCCAAAGUUUGGCCACAGAAAGAGUGGCUCUGAUGCCAGUAGUGAAAUAAGUGUAACAAACUCCACUGUGCACAAAAAUUGUAAAAACAAAUCCAAAGAUAAAUUUGAUAUGAGUAUUGAAACCAGAAGCAUGACCGACCCGGAUUCACUUUGGCGCAGAAAGCAAUGUGGCCUUAAAUUUGGCCAUGUGAAUAAUUUAGGACGGUUUCAAAGUGAUUUGGAACGGGAACCUGAAUCAAAGAGCAAUUGGCGGUUAUCAAAAGCUAUGAAGCGAUUUGUGAACAAAAAAGAUGUUACUAAGGAAGAAAUAGCUUGGCAAGUGGCAGAAAUGAUUGUGAAAGACAUCACGAGUUUAACAUUAAACCAUGAAUUUAAUGAUGAUCCUAGUUGAUUUUGUAAUCUAUUCAAGUGGGUUUGUGUAUUAUAGUGUUGUUAUAAAUGUUAACAAAUUAGGUUUAAGUGAAAAAAGAAUAGUUUUCUUUAAGAACAAAUAAGUGUGAAAAAUAUGAUAUACUUUAUUUC